AUGGCCCAGGACAGGCCCCGCAGGGAACCCAGGUGGGACUUGGGAGAGAUUCCCGCAACUCUCACCUUUCCAGUUGACAGGGAUGCGUUCUGUAGUGUAUCCUUGCCCGGUCACUAUGUGCCCGGCGCCACGGAGGAGCGCGGAGCCAGUUGCGCCCUCUGCGGCAGCAUUUUCGCCUCCGCCGAGCACCUGAAGGAGCACUAUGCGGCCAAGCACAGGGGCAAGGAGAGGAGGUACCCGUGCCGUUUCUGCGUCUACUCCAGCCCCAGCCUGAGUCACGUGAGGUCGCACGAGACCACCCACACCGGAGACAGGCCGUUUGUGUGCCACGUGUGUUACAAAGGAUUUGCGUGGAAGCAGCACAUGGACAGGCACGUGAAAGUGAUCCACGGAGGCGAGAGGCACCACAAGUGCAUCACGUGCGGGUACACGUUUCGGGACAAGAGCCACCUGCGCAGGCACGAGAAGGUGCACUUGAGGCAAGGGGGUCCGUUGUAG